AUGGAGAAGAAAAUUCUAGAAAAACUUCUUUUAAAGAAGUCACAACAGAAGAAAAAAAUAUCACCAAUUAAUUACAAAAAAAAGAUUGUUCUGACAAAAGCAACCCUUAUGGUGAAUCUUGAGGAAUCAACACCUCCUGAGAGACAAUACCCUUUUCAGAGUCCACACAAGGGUGGAUUUCUCCAUGUUUAUGGCCUGGAUGAGGAAAUCUGGGAGCAGUAGCUUGCAGGUUUGCAUAAAGAAAUUAAAGACAAUUCUGAUUUACUAAACAAGUACCAGGAAAGAUUUUUCAUCAAAGGGAAAUUUCUUUGUUGCAACCAGACCUGUAAAGCAGCCCCUAGAUGUACAAUCUGGGAGAAAUGUAAUAUGUGUUGUACAACUGGGUCUGUGAAACCACUGCCUCCAGUCCCUACAACACUGAGGAAGCAUAGAAGCUUGCCUCAGGUACUAUCACCAGGCAUCCUGAAUAUGGCUGUGGCCCAAUGUGACAACGAAUCCAAAGGAAAUUCAGCUAUCCAGCUUGUCAGAAGCAAUAAAUACUAUGUAUUGCAAGAGGAAGAUUCUGACUGGUGGAAAGUAAGGGAUUUGGAAGGUGUCAGUGAACAGAUAUUGGCAGAAGAGCAGAGUAUUGCUGAGCAUGAUUGGUAUGCUAGGAGUAUCUCCUGCACCCAGUCUGAGCAGCUCCUUCAUCAGAAGGGGAAAGAAGGUGCAUUUAUGGUUUGGAAAUCUACUCAAGGAGGAAAAUAUACUGUGUCUGUAUUCAGCAAGGUUUCUGAAAGCAAAAAAGGAACAGUCAGACAUUACCAUGUGCACAAAACACCUGUGAGCCAGUAUUACCUUGCUGAAAAUUACUGUUUUGAGUCAAUUUCCAAGCUUAUACACUACCAUCAGCACAACUCAGUUUGUAUGGUGACAAGGCUCCAGUAUACAGUUUCUACUCAAGUAAAUAAAGUACCUUGCAGAGCUUCACUAGGAAAUGGAAUCUGGGAAAUGAAAUGAGAAGAAACUGUUUGAAAUGGUCCAUUUGGAAUGGUGUAUCUGGGAAAGUGGAAGGGUCAAUAUGAUGUGGCCAUAAAGCUGACUAAAGAAGCUUAAAAAGGAGCAAUGUCAGAAGAUGAAUUCAUAGAAGAAGCUCAGACCAUGAUAAAACUUAAUCAUCCAAAACUUGUUAGACUGUAUGGUGUUUGCUCAGAAUCAUGUCCCACCUAUCUAGUGACACAAUACAUGCCUGAUGGCUGUUUGUUUAGCAACUUAAGGUGUCAUGGGAAGGAAUUAAAACCCCUUCAGCUUCUGGAAACAUGUUACAAUGUUUGUGAUGCUAUGGCACUAUUGAAGAGAUAUCAGUUCAUACAGAGAGAUUUGGCUGCUAGGAACUGUUUGGUUGGCAGCAAUCUUACCGUGAAAGUAUCUAACUUUGGGAUGACUAGAUUUUUCCUCAUGUUAGCACUACCCAUUGAUGCAGAGAAAGGAAGGGGAGUUGAGGGGGCAGCAGUGGAUGUUGUCUACCUGGACUUCAGCAAGGCUUUCGACAGCAUCUCCCACGGCUUCCUCAUAGGGAAGCUUAGGAAGUUUUUUUGCUUCAUUUAGCUACCAGAAAAGCAUCCUACUUUUCAUCAGCCCUUAUCAUUUUUGAGGCAGAGAGGGAAGACAAUCCUGAAAAAAGAAGAAUCAGAAACAGCUCUCUGUGCAUUCUGCUUCCAUAUCACCUGUCUUCUGUAUGAGAGCUAA